CUCUGAAUGAUGAGCGAAAUGGAGAGACUUUGUUUUGGAAUAACCUGAGGAGCUUCCACUCCCAAAGUUCUUUGUGUGAGAAGCAGUGAAGAUGUUCUCAAUCCGAAGUCUGCCAACAAUGUUGUACCGAGAGCGAGCUGAGGAGGAUGGGAUUGAGGAUAUGACACAACUGGAGGAGCUUCAUGAAGCAGCUGUUUUACUCAACCUGAGGAAAAGGUUUGAACGAGAAUUGAUUUAUACAUAUAUUGGAAGUAUUUUGGUAGCUGUGAAUCCCUACAAGAUGUACAAUAUUUAUGGAACAGACAUGGUGCUGCAACACAAAGGGCAUGCCCUGGGUGAAAAUCCUCCGCAUUUAUUUGCUAUAGGAAAUGCUGCUUACACAAAAAUGAUGGAUGCCAAACAGAACCAGUGCAUUAUUAUCAGUGGGGAGAGUGGUGCUGGUAAAACUGAAGCCACAAAGCUGGUCCUGCGCUAUUUAGCUGCUAUACAUCACAAGCGCAACAUAACACAGCAGAUUCUUGAAGCAGCUCCACUCUUAGAAUCUUUUGGAAAUGCCAAAACCGUCAGGAAUGAUAACUCAAGUCGCUUUGGGAAAUACAUAGAGAUAUUUCUGGAAGAGGGUGUGAUCAGUGGUGCCAUAACUUCACAGUAUCUACUUGAAAAGUCAAGGAUAGUGUUUCAGGCCAAAUACGAAAGAAACUACCACAUUUUUUAUGAGAUGCUUGCAGGCCUUCCUUCACAGCAAAAACAAUCCUUGUACCUCCAAGAAGCAGAGACCUACUAUUACCUCAAUCAAGGUGGGGACUGUGAGAUCAUUGGUAAGAGUGAUGGGGAAGACUUCCGCAGGCUCCUCAGUGCCAUGGAGAUCCUGCACUUCAAUGUUGAUGAUCAGAAUGGCAUUUUCAGGGUCUUGUCCUCCAUCCUCCACCUGGGAAAUGUCUUCUUUGAGAGAUAUGAGACAGACUCUCAGGAGAUGGCAUCAGUGGUGAGUGCUCAGGAAAUCAGAGUGGUGGCGGAGCUCUUGCAGAUUUCUCCUGAGGCUCUGCAGAAAUCAAUCACCUUCAAAGUGACGGAAACAAUGAGAGAGAAGAUCUACACUCCUUUAACAGUUGAGAGUGCAGUUGAUGCCAGAGAUGCAGUUGCCAAGAUCCUGUACUCCCUUCUUUUCAACUGGAUAACUGACAGAAUCAAUAAGCUGGUGUACCCAAGGAAUGAAGCACUGUCUAUCUCCAUUCUUGACAUCUAUGGCUUUGAGGACCUCACCUUCAACAGCUUUGAACAGCUUUGCAUAAACUAUGCAAAUGAGUACCUACAGUUCUUUUUCAAUAGGAUAAUUUUCAGAGAAGAGCAAGAGGAAUACAGCAGAGAGCAAAUCCCCUGGGAGGAGGUGCCUUUCAGUGACAAUCAGGCCUGCAUUGACCUCAUUGCAGCAAAACCUCAUGGAAUCCUUCGGAUUCUGGAUGACCAGAGUGGUUUUCCACAGGCUACAGACCACACCUUCCUUCAGAAAUGUCACUAUCAUCACGGCCACAACCCACUGUAUUCAAAGCCAAAAAUGCCUCUCCCUGAAUUUGCCAUUAAACAUUUUGCUGGGAAAGUCACUUAUCAGGUCCAUAAGUUUUUGGACAAAAAUUAUGAUCAAGUUCGUCAGGAGGUCCUUGACCUUUUCGUGCAGAGCAAAAAUAAGAUGGUUGCAUAUCUGUUCAUGAGCUUUUCAGAAGCUCUCAGUCAACAGAAGACCCACCUAAGGAAGAACAGCACGGUUACACGCAGAUACCAGGCCUCUACAGUUGCUGCCAAGUUCCAGCUGUCUCUAAUGGAACUUGUGGAGAAGAUGGAGAGGUGCAACUCAUUUUUUGUGCGCUGCAUAAAGCCAAACAAUAACAAGGAGCCUGGCAUGUUUGACAUGGAGCUGGUCAGCACUCAGCUUCGUUACUCUGGGAUUUUGGAGACCAUUCGUAUCAGGCGAGAGGGAUUUCCAAUCAGAAUACCCUUUGAUGUCUACCUCUUUAGAUACAAAUCUUUGCUGGGCCUAAAGCAGCCUCCUCCUGCCACUGGGGAAAACUGUGUCAUCAUGCUGAGGAAGCUUUGCCAUGUGCGGCCAGGAGCUUUUCGAGUUGGUGUAUCCAAGCUGUUCCUGAAAGAAGACAUAUAUUACCUGCUAGAAAGUAAGAGAGACAGAGUUAGGCAUGUGGCUGCUUUGACCCUGCAGCGCUACACCCGUAUGUUCUUUGUGCGGAAGCGCUAUACGGCCUUCCGCAUGAAAAUCAUCAGACUGCAGGCCCACUGCCGAGGCUACCUCACACGGAAACGCUAUGUGAAAAUGCGAAGUAGUCUGGUCAAAUUCCGCUCACUGGUGCACAUGUAUGUCAAUCGAAAGAGAUAUAUUAAGAUGAGACUGGAGGCCAGGAGGAAUGCAGAAGCGGAAAGAAUCAGAAUAGAAAUGGAGUUAUCAAGACGGGAGGUAGUUAACGUCACCCACUUGGUCAUUCCAGCAGAACUCGGAGGAUUAUUGCAAGCAGCUGCAGGUGGUAGAGAGCUCCAUUCUGAUUGCUUAGCCCUAGUGCAGGCUCCUACUGUUCAGGUGGAAUCCCAACUCACACUGCCCCUUGACAUCAACAACUACUCCAUUUCCAAAUUCAUCCAGGUUCACUUCAGAGAGCCAAAGUUUGGAAUGCUGACUGCACCUUUGAAGACACCACUGACUCAUGUUGAUGAUGAUCUCGCUCAUGAAGCUCUAGCUGUCUUCAUCAUGAUCCUCAGGUUUAUGGGUGACCCACAUUUAAAUGGGGCUCAGGAGAAUUUAUUUGGAAACUACAUAAUCCAGAAAGGUCUUUCCAACCCUGGCUUGAGAGAUGAAAUUUUGUGUCAAAUUGCUAAUCAGGUCUGGAGAAACAGCAACCCAGACAACUCUGACAGAGGCUGGCUGCUGCUGCUCGGCUGCAUGAGCACGUUUGCACCUUCAGCCAAGACAGAGAAAUACCUUCUAAAGUUUGUCUCAGACUAUGCCUAUGAUGGCUAUAAGGCUCUUUGCCAACAUAAGCUGAUACAAGCCAUGCAGAAGUCCCUAUACGGACCAGACACUGCGAGGACAUACCCCUUGUCUUUACUGGAGUGGACAGCCAACAGGAAGAAAGCCAACAUGGUGUUGCAGGUGCAUUGCUUUGACGGGACUUCCUUUCUAUGUCCCAUGCACUCGUGGACCAGUGGAGAGGAUCUGGCUGGGGACAUCCUUCAGCACAGGGGAGUUACUGAGUCCUGGAAGGGCUGUUCAGUCAUUAUGAAGGAGCAUGGGCAGUGGGCUGAGCUUGCGGGGCAUGAUUAUGUAAUGGAUCUGAUUGCAGACCUGGAGCUAAUGCGAGAUUUUCCCAAGCAAAAGUCCUUCUUCAUCAUCUCAGCAGAGAGUCCCACCAGAACAAGACCUAAUGCCGGCCUGGCUCUGUUUGGAAGUGGUUUUGAUUCAGAUGAUGAUAGCCCACUCCUCAUUCCCCCAACGCUUGCCAGCACCAGUCUUCCAGAUUCAGAUGGAUACUACAGCCACGAGUCGGAUUUCAGCGAGGCUCCAACUCAGAGAGGCAUGGACCGAUAUCUGGACAGUCUGUUUGACCCCGUGUUGUCUGAUGGCAGUGGGGAUCUAGAGAAGCCAGCCAGCAUAUCCAGCCGCAUGAAGGGAGCCGGUGGAGUUGGAGGUGGGAAUGGUGACGAGGAGAAGGAGCAGUCCAGCAGGCCCUAUCCUCCUGGACUGCAGCCCGGCGCCGUACCCGUUUUACCUGUUAUGGGAGGAGCAAUGAUGCCACCUAUUCCUAUGCCAGCUAUGCACUCUGUGCCCACUAUGCCUGCACCUACAUCCAUAACCUCAGUGCCCACAGCACCCCCUGUUUCCCCAAAACCUUCAGUGUCUUCAAUGCCAGCUAUGCCUUCUAUGCCAGCUUUGCCUGCUAUGCCACCUAUUCCAGCUUUACCUAAUGUGCCACCACUGACUGAUGUGCCAGGAGUGGAUCACAACAUCUUAGCACAGCAACAGCAAGCCAUCAUCAAUCAGCAAGCAAUUAUACUGGCUCAACAAAUGACCAUGCAGGCGAUGGCCCUUCAGCAGCAGAUGUAUAAUUCAGUGGGAGGGCCGUACUCUGGUCCCCCUCAUCACAGCGAGCAUAUACCAAUGUCUCACUCUGGCCAAUCCAGCCCCACGAAGUUUGAAACUGGACCAAUACCGUACACUCAAGCUCCUGUUGCCCCUGCAAACAGGCCUUCUCGACGUCAUCACAGCCCAUCCAGGACAGUACCAACAGAAAAUGUAGUCAAGUCCACCAUCUCAAACUCAGAGCAUCUAGAACCAAGCCACAACAUCAAAGACAUAAUCAAACAGUAUCAGCCCGGUCCUGUCAAGCCAGUAGAGAUCCCAAGAAAAGAAACAAAAGUGUUUGUUAAGAAGCCAGAUCCACACCAUGAAGCUUUGAUGAUCCUUAAAGACCAGAUGAGUUCUCCACCACCUCGGCAAAAGAAGACUUACGGUCCAGUUCCUACUGCUUCAAGUGUGAGGGAGUUUAAAGAUGAGGCUGGAGGACUACAUCCAGUAAAGAGCAUAAAGCCCAAAAGGUCACCUCCAGUGCCUGCUGUCAGUCAGAGAUCCCCACCCCCUGCACCUGUGUCUCGAGAACUUCCAGUUGAAGAGGAAACUAUUCAGACUCAGCUCCACAGGAGGAGCAGUGAGGAGCACUACACUUAUACAAACGUGCCCUGGAAAAUAUACCUGAGAAAAGAGGUUUUCUAUCCUAAGGACAGCUUUAACCAUCCACUAGUAUUAGAUCUCCUCUUCAAGCAGAUUGUCCACGAUACGUUCUCUGAGGCUUGCAUUCGGAUAACGAAGGAGGAGAGGCAGAAAAUGAAAUCCCUCUUUGAUGAGAACAACAUUGAUGCGGCCGCCAUGACUCAAGACGAGAAUGUGAAGAAAAAGGUUGUCACCGCGGCGAGGGACAGCUGGGAGAUCUACUUCUCUCGUCUUUUUCCUGCUUCUGGCAGUGUUGGCACUGGGGUCCAGGUGCUCUCUGUGUCCCACAGGGGGAUUAAACUGCUAAAGAUGGUGAGGAGCAGUGCAGUGGCCCCAGAUUACUUCCGAGUUUUAAGACCAUACAGCUACACGGAUAUCAUGUUUGUCACCAUUCCCUCCAAGAACAUGCUGGAGUUCAACCUCUCCAAUGAAAAACUGAUACUCUUCUCAGCCAAAGCUCCUCAAGUGAAGACCAUGAUUGACUACUUCAUCACCGAGCUGAAGAAGGACUCAGACUAUGUGGUUGCUGUGCGUAAUUACAUUACAGAUGAUAGAACGCUGCUGAGUUUCCACAAAGGAGACAUUAUACGCUUGCAGAAAAUGGAGGGCCUCGAGGAAGGCCAGUGCUAUGGUUGCAUUGUGAAAAAGAAGGUCAUGCUUCUUGAAGAGUUAAAGAGAGACACACCUGACUUUGGCUGGAAGUUUGGAGCGGUUCACGGUCGUGCAGGGGUUUUCCCUGUUGAGUUUGUCCAGCCAGUGGCUGCUCCAGACUUCAUAAACCUCCCUGUGGACAAGAAAGAGGAGCCCAAGAAUAAGCAGGGUCGUGUGGCAGCUUCUGCUGCUCUAGCUGUGGCUGUAGGCUCUACUGCUGCUGCCCAUGAGCUGGACCGCUCCAUUGAAGUGGCCUCACCAGUCAGUGAGUAUACAGAGGCCCAUCAAGACUACAGUGACAUGGAGAUUGAUGAAAGGAUUCUCCAUGACAGCCAAUACAACAUGGUGGAGUUUGCCAAAAAAUAUUUCAGAGAUGCUCAGAGAAAGACCAGUGAUUCUUAUAAGCAGAAAUCAAAGAAAGGAAAAGAAACCAAGGACCCAGCAGAUAUGGUGAAAUUUUCUAAGUCUCCUAUCCAGCAGUCCUUGAUUGAGUUCACGGAUGAAAAUAUGAACAAGGUGGCUGCAGACAUUUUUCUGGCUAUAAUGAAGUUUAUGGGGGACUACCCAAUGAAAGGCCAAACUGAGCAAGACAUCGUCAACACCAUACUGAGGCUGAGUGGUGAAUAUGGUUUAAUGAGGGAUGAAGCUUACUGCCAGGUCCUCAAGCAGAUCACUGGAAACACCAGUUCCAAAACGGACAGUUGUCAAAGGGGAUGGAGGCUCCUUUACAUCCUCACUACAUACUAUCGCUGCUCAGAAGUACUGAAGCCUUAUCUGCUGAAAUACCUCCAAGAUGUCUGUGCAAGCCCAGGAGUCCACUUUCAAGGUAUUGCCAACGCUUGUGAGCAGAAUUUAAGGAAGACAUUCCAGUACGGCGGGCGUAUUGAGUAUCCUAACAGCAUGGAACUAAAGGCUAUGUUGGCUGGUAGGAGCUCCAAACGUCAGCUGUUUCUCCUCCCUGGUGGUAUUGAGCGUCAUCUGAAAAUUAAGACCUGCUCAGUUGCUUUGGAUGCCAUUGAAGAGCUGUGCUAUGAGAUGGGCCUACACAACCAGGAGGCCAUGGAUGAAUAUGCCAUAUUUGUUGUCACAAACAGAGGUCAGAAUGUUCGGCCACUGAACAAAAGAGAGUACAUCUUGGAUAUUGUCACCGAGGCAGAGCCUAUUGACAGCAACUACAGUCUGUGGUUUAGAAGAGUGAUCUGGAAUCAGCCACUAAAGUUUGACAAUGAGCUUGGAGUCACAGUCCAUUUCAAUCAGGUUGCCCCUGACUAUUUAAAAGGACUUUUCAGUGUUGUACCACAGGGGAAGACCAGUGAGCAGCAGCUUCAGCAGGUGUCAAAAUUGGCUGCGCUGCAACAUCGCGCUAAGGACUCCAUUUAUCUUCCUACCAUCCGUGAGGUCCAGGAUUGCAUGCCUCUCCAGCUGUAUGGGCAGCAGCGCCCCCAGCAGUGGCUGAACAUGGUGACCGAGCACAUGCAACAGGUCCAGGCACUCAGCCCCCAUCAGGCCAGAGCCCAGUUCCUGGGACUUGUGAGCGCCUUCCCCAUGUUUGGCUCCUCGUUCUUCUACCUACAGAGCAGCAGCAACAGCUCCAUUGAUUGCCCCUGCAUACUGGCUGUCAAUCAAAAUGGACUGAACUUUCUAAACAAAGAAACACAUGAGCUGCUAGUGAAAUUCCCCCUGAAAGAAGUGCAGUCCACAAGGACCCAGAGGCCUACGGCUGGCUCCAGUUACCCUUAUGUUGAGAUAAUGCUGGGGGAUCUAAUGUCUCAACGCAUCACGCAACUGCACUUAGACCAGAGUCUGGAGCUGUGCCGUGUCGUCGCCAUGCACAUGGAGAACAUGCUGUCAGUGCGGGAGAAGAGACUCACUCUUCCUCCCAGUGAGAUCACUCUGCUUUAGCAUGCCUUCAAAAAUGCUCACACAAUUCAGUACCUCUUCAAUAGUGUAACACACUAAUCAGAACAGCCAAAUUCCAAUCGUAUCAUAACAGUGAUUAAACUCACUUUAGGGCCAAAUCUGAUUUUUUGGUUUAAAAUGACA